AUGGAAGACUCCCAGAUGAACGAGGAUAUUGCGCUGGAGACUCCUGCCUCGGACGUCUUCAUCCCGCCCUCAGUCAACCAAAAGGCCCUCCUCUCAGGGGACUCAUACACACAUUUCUCACAAAUACCACCUGGUCUCCUCCCCUCAACAAGUCAGGAUGGUUCUGUAUCAGAGGGUCUGGCAUGCUGUCUCGGCGUUGAUGAGGCCGGGCGCGGCCCUGUCCUCGGCCCCAUGGUCUACGGCAUCUUCUUCCUGCCGCUGGAGCUCUCGGAUUCAUUACUACGGACCGAGCACCACUUCGACGACUCCAAGGUCCUCACGGCCGCCGUGCGCUCCUCGCUGAUGGAGACGCUCUGUACAACCGAUACCUCGCUGUUCAACUCGUGCGGCUGGGCCGUGUCUGCACUCUCGGCGCGGGAUAUUGGCGCCAACAUGAUGCGCCCGGCCACGUACAACCUCAACGCACAGGCCAUGGAUACCACGAUCGAGCUGAUCAAGGGCGUCUUCGCCAGGGGCGUCAAUGUCCGUGAGAUCUACGUCGACACCAUCGGCAGCCCCAUCGUCUACCAGAAGAAGCUAGAGCGCGUCUUCCCGGCCAUCAAGAUCACCGUCGCCAAGAAGGCCGACAGUCUGUACCCCUGUGUCAGCGCGGCGAGUGUGUGCGCCAAGGUCACGAGAGACGCUGCCCUGGAAGUGCUGUAUGCGGCCCGCGCCGGAGAGGGCGAUGGGGCCACCGAGGAGGACGGCUGGGGCUCAGGCUACCCGUCUGACGCGAGGUGCGUCACCUGGCUGAAGAGGAACAUGCAUCCCGUCUUCGGCUGGGGCCCGGAAUGUCGCUUCAGCUGGGGUACCGCAAAGGAUAUGAUGGACUCGAAAGGGGGUGUCAAGGUGGAAUGGCCCGUGGACGAGGACGCCGACACAAGCAAGUUAACAGAUUUCUUCUCAGCAGGAAAUGACCAAGAGAAGGACGCAGAUGGGCUCGGUUCAUGGUUCGGCACGCCUGUGGGAUUGGAAGCAUUUUAA